CUGAGCAAAAACGUCAUGUUCACGGAUGUUUCAUCAGUUUUCGGCUAGCUACGUGAAACGUGCGCAAAACCCAAAUCGAAACUUGAGCCAUAAUAGUGAAAAGUGCUAAACACUAAAAACCUAAAAACCUCAAUGGUAAUAUCACUCUUUUUUAGCUGAAAGAGAGGAAAAAGUAUUUAAAGUGUGACAGCUGAUUGACCAUAAAAAAGAAACCGGAAAUGAAUACAAUUCAUUAUUAUUGUGGCAAUAACGCCCUGCUAAAUCAAUAAACAAGUCGGAAAAACCAUAAAAUUGUAAUACCACAAAAACAUUUACAAACAAAUGAUGCAUAAAGUCGAAUACAUUGAUAAAGUGUUUUAAGUCCUGCAAGGGAAAUAGAGUUUUGUAGUGAGCCUUUCAGCUGAUUGGUAAAAACAAAUCAAAUAGGAAACGGCUGAGUUUUAUUAUUAUUCAGGCAAUAGCUCUCUGCUAAAUCAAUAGAAGGAAAGGAAUUUAAUUCUAGCAUUCCUUGGUACCCCCAAAACAGUAACGGACAUAAAUGUAAACGCAUUCAGAGUGUUGAAAAGCCAAAAGGCCGGCCAGUGAUUCAAAAAGCCGGAGAACAGAAGCCAAGCCUCUGCUCUUAUCGUGUUGUUAUUGUCGAAACGGGGUCAAAAGUUCGUGUCUCACUCGCUAAUUCAACCACACAAAACACACACACUCGCACACCACCCAGAUAACGCUUCCUCAAGUGCAACCAAAGACACUGCGUCGCCCGUCUGGCAGAUAAGCAUGAAAAAAGCAUAAGAAAAGCAAAGGAAAAGCAAGAGAAAAGCAGACAAAGGCAUUAGACAAGUGCCAAGUAACUCAAAACUGCAGCCGGAGUGGAGGCUUAGGCCUACCGAAACACACGGAAAACCCAGCCGAAAAACAACACCAAAUACUAGACCAAACUAAACUAGGCCAAUUCGCGGCGAGGCGGGGGUAAAAACGCCUAGGAAAAGUGCUCUGGAAAUGUAGAGAAAUAAAAUAAAAUAAAAAUAAAGCAAUAGCAGCAGCUCCCUGGCCAUUUGUCAAUGACUGGGCCACUCGCGUGACUGCCGAUUCUUGGGGAAAGUGGAAUAACUGUAGCCGAAACAGACUCCGGAACAAGGACUACUCCGAAAAUUUGUGGCCACAUUUCGUGUACGACGGCAUAAAACAGAAGCGGCAAAUAGAAAAGCCAAACGGCGGCUAAGUUGCUUUUGUCUGCCUUCGGGGGAGGCGUUGGAGGAGGAGGCGGAGGAGGAGUUGGCCUGGCAAUUGGCCAAGUUAAUAGAGAGCCGGGGGGGCCGAUAAUGACGUUGCUGGAACUGCUGCCGCCCAUGCUGAUGAUGAGGCUGCUAACUUGGUUAUUGCUGCCAGCCUAGAGACACAGGACCAGAGAAAGAGAGACCAGUUACCCAGACCCUUCAGACCCUCCAAGCCCAGCGGACCCAACAGCCCCACCAGACAGACAACAAAAACAAGGUCUGAAGCUGCAGCGCGGGGCUUACUGCAUUUCCGCAUCUUGUUCCUGUCGCCGCCCGUCGCUGUCAUCGUUAUAGCCAUAUAUCCCACGUCAUUGCCACAGCCGGAGUCACCAUGCCCAUGGCCCAUCCACUGCCGCUCUGCGUGGCCUGGCUGCUGCUCCUCGUCGUGAUUGUGAUGAGCGACAUGACAAAUGGCGGUGUGCAGGGACCCAUCGAGGGCUACAAUUCGCUGGACGACCUGCUGACAACCACGCCGACUCCCGGCCAGGCGGCCCUGCUCCUGCCCACCGCGCCCACCGCCGCCUACACCCAUCCCAAGUGGAUGGAGCCCUACUUCGAUCCCUCGACGCCGCGCAAUGUCACCGCCCUCAUGGGCAAGUCCGCCUAUCUCAGCUGCCGUGUGCGCAAUUUGGCCAACAAAACGGUGUCCUGGAUUCGGCACCGCGACAUCCACAUACUGACGGUGGGCUCGUACACCUACACCUCCGACCAGCGGUUCCAGGCCACCCAUCACCAGGACACCGAGGACUGGACCCUGCAGAUAAAGUGGGCCCAGAAACGGGACGCCGGGAUGUACGAGUGCCAGAUAUCCACGCAGCCGGUGCGCAGCUAUUUCGUUCGCCUGAAUGUUGUGGUGCCAACGGCCACCAUCCUGGGAGGUCCUGACCUUCACGUUGAUAAAGGCAGCACCAUAAAUCUCACUUGCACUGUAAAGUUCAGCCCCGAACCGCCGGCCUACAUCUUUUGGUAUCACCACGAGGAGGUCAUUAAUUAUGAUUCAUCAAGAGGCGGCGUGUCGGUAAUUACCGAAAAGGGCGAUGUGACAACCUCAUUUCUGCUCAUACAGAAUGCAGAUCUGGCCGAUUCGGGCAAAUACUCCUGUGCGCCCUCCAAUGCAGAUGUGGCCAGUGUGCGUGUGCAUGUCCUAAAUGUUCGGGCCAUAAUUUCAGGUGAACAUCCGGAGGCAAUGCAAACCGGCUCUUCCGGUUGUCAGUACAAUUGGCUGACAAUCGUCCUGCUCCUGGGCCUCGUCCUUUGCUACAGUCAACAGUGCAGCUCCGGCGCAGUGGCAGCAUCAUUAACAUGGCCAUUACCAUCACAAUUACCAUUACCGGCGGCAGCAGCAGCGGCAGCGGGAGAAAGUGCAUCCAGUGAAAGUGUGGCAGCCGCAGCGGCAGAAGCAGCAGCAGCCGCAACAACAACAACAACGAGAAAGCGGUGUCCUGCGGUCAAGAGUUGUCGCCAGGCCACCGGCCAUGUCCUGGCCAAAAGGUCCUGUCACAGAUGAUCAACUGAAGGCCACAGCAGCCCCAACUAAAUAGAGUAAUUUAAGGAGCCACAUGAAAUGUGUGCGAGUGAGUGUUCGACUAAGUAUCCACUGAGUGUGUGAAUGAUCGUUUGAGUGUCGGCUAUUCAGCCCUCUAGUAAGUCAGUUUUAAACUUGUACUCAAGAACAACAUUGCGGAACAAUGGCGCAGUGAUGGGUUUAGUUAAAUAUAUUUUUAAAGAUUACGUACUUAAAGGUGAAGCAAUCUAAAUUUUCUUAUCUUAACAAUCAAUUAAUAUUUAUUUAGUUUUUAAGAAACAAUUAUUUCAUUUCUGUUUUAAGAACUUUGAACCAUAAACACACUUUUUAAGUUUCUUAAAAUUAUUUGAAACUCCUAUUUAAUCACAUUUUUGAUUCUAUUGAUUCUUAUAAAUCCUUUGAAAUACUUUUCCUGUUAAACAAGUUACUUUGUGUUUCUUACACCUUGUUAAUCAAACCAUUUCUUCUAAAUAUAUAAAUUAAAUAAAGUAAUUACCUUUACAAUAUUAUUAAUUCACUUUUUAAUUGUUCUAUUUAAUUCUUAUUUAUCUACCAGUUUGUGUUUCUUAGACCUUUUUAUUCAAACCAUAUUUUCUAAAUAUAUAAAUUAAAUAAAGUAAUUACCCUUACAAUAUUAUUAAUUCACUUUUUUAAUUGUUCUAUUUAAUUUAUUGUUCAAAUGUAUAGUUAUUAUUAUUUAAUUUAUUUUUUCUGUUAGAAUAAUAUUUGUAUCCUGAUUGAUUCCAACAACCAGGUUAUUGACAAUCUAUAAAUUAUUUAUUUAAUUUGAAUAAAUUUCGUGAAUUAAUUGCCAGCCUAAAAAAGCAAAAACUCUUCAUUAAAUAUUGUUAAUUAAAAUAUUAAUAUCCACAGCAUUUUCUUCCAACCUUUCUCUCCUGCCCAAGCCGUUGUAAAGCAAUGUAAUUAUAUAAAUAAAUAUAUAUGUAAGCUUAUUGAUUACAAAUUAAUGUGUAUAUUUAAACAAAAUCAAAAUUUACUAUAGGAUGUGUGUAAAUAUCAAACUUAAAUAUAAUUACGAGGCGAACAAAAAAAUAUGUAUCGCAAACAUAAUAUAGGAAUGAGUAAUCUCUAUGGCCAGCGGCGCUGACUCUUUUAAUAAAUUAAUGAAUAAUCAAAUAAAGUGCAGUGUACAGUGCAAGUGCCGGGCUCAAUAUUAAAUAAUUAGAUAAAAACGUAGACAAGCCAAAUAGCAACAAAAUGAGAGCAGCAGUGAGUCAUAAAACAUUUAAAUUGAUUGCCAUAUCAUGCAAAUAUUUGCACUGCGCAAUUCUCCACCAAACCAAAUGUAAAUUCGAUUUUCUGCUUUAUUCACCCACGCAAAAUACAAUUUAUUUAAUUUUUUAUUGCAUUGAUAUUAAUGUCACAGUUUCAUAAUUGACGAUAAGCCAGCCUGCCACGUUUCGAAAUGAUUAAAAAAAUUUCUCGCCAUAUUUAUCUAAUAGUUUCCUUAAAAUGGCUGAAAUAUUUGCAACUCUCCGCACAAUUUGGCGAUUUUUAAAUGUCACUUCCAGUCGGUAGAAUUACCUAAGCUGAAUAAUGGUAUCCCAUUAGUUUUGCAAUCUUAAUUAAAAACAGUGUUGUCGUGUUAAAUGACCACCAACUGCGCAUCGCCCAUUGAGUAAUUUUCUAUAGCUAUAUUUUAAAACUUUAAUUACAGUAAAUGGCAAAAGAGUACAGUGCAUAUAAAAAUAAUUACAACCAACAAAAAAUCACAUCUAUUUCACCCAAUAAAUUGAUUUAAUUAAGCAUUUAUAUGUGAAAAAUUCAAAUAUCAGAUUCUAUUUCUGGCCCGAUGAAAGAAAUAAAGUAAAAUGACCUCUGUUUACGCACCGCAAAUAUUAUAAAUCAUAAUUGUUUUAAUUAUUUAAACAACAAUUUGUACAGGCCCGCAGAAUAACUAACAUUUGCCAUUCAAAUCAAGCAAUAACCAAUUCAAACUCAUUGUGAAUGCUAGCCCAAUUAAAAUGUGAUGUGAUUUUGCCCCAUCUUGUGUUUGGAAAUAAUUAUAAUGGGACAUAAUUUCGAAUUAUGCGCUGCCAUUUUGUUUGCUGUGGCCACAGCAAACCCAAACUAAUUUUAUUAAUUUCCGUUAAGCUUUAAAAAAAAUGUUAGCCAUAAGCCGUCUUUAUUGUAUCAUAAGAGAUAAUGUUAUUUUGCAGUUUCAUAAUGCGGCUUUCAAAGCAAACGUUUAGUUUAUCUCCAAUUAUAGCUACCUUAUUGAAUCAUUUUCUCCUCUCUCAGCUGCACAUUUUGGACACCGGAAAUCAUGAAAAGGUUAUUAACUUAGACCUGGCCUUUAACAUUUACAUUUUAAAUGCCCGGUAGAAAUUGCAAUUUUCCCGUUCUUGUUUAACUGACAACAAGUAAUCAUCUAAUUGUUAAUGCAACCAAUCAAAACUAUAAGCAGUCGGCCCACAAAACAUAUAUGAAUAUAUAUAAACUUGCGUUUAAGUGUGAAUACGAACAUAUGCCAGCCAAUUUGAAAUUCAAACUCAACGGAAUGCUAAUGCCAUAAGCCCACAAGCAUUCGCCAUAAACCUUUAAAGCGCAUCACAUAAAUCUACAUAUGCAUAUAUAUACUCGUAGGCCAUCAGCUAAGUACUUCCUGUAUAUUAAAGUUAAUUAGUGAAGCUCUAGAAUUAUGCAUUAGUCAAGUAAAUCUACACGCUAUGUGUAUACUAACGACAUAGUUAAAUAGUUGUAAUAAAGCAAUCGAACUGUGUAAAACGAACUACUUUUAACUGUUGAAAUUAAACUAAAUGGCAAACUAGUGAAAGCAUAAUACAAAUAUGACAUCAUAACGAAACAUAGCAAACCAUAACAAAUAACAAUAAUAAACAAAUAGCAACGAUAACAAAA